GAGCAGAUGUAAAGACAUCAGUGGGAGGAAGGGAGGGAGAGAGACAGAUAGAUCAGGGCUGUUCUGAGGUCCUAUUCCGGGCGACUACGACUUACUUUUUUAUAUUUUGAAGGCAACGCUACUGCAUAUGAAGAUUAAUGAAUUAAGGACAAUGGUUGCUAUGUGAACCGGGCCGGACAGCAAUACAAUCAACACAAUGCCAACGGACAUGGCAUAGGCUACCCGAUGAAAACCCCUAAACAAUAGCAUCCUGUGUGCAUUUUCUGUUUGUUUGUUGUUGAUGAUGCCAUUUGAUGGAGACAGCCUACGUAUGCACGAGAAAGCAGCCUACGUAAGACUUUUUAAACAUGAAUAAAAAAAAUAAAGCGACACAAACGGAAAACGGUUCAUCGAUAAAGCCUACACAUGGACCUCAGCGGGAUCAGGAGAUGCGGAUGCUUAUCCCAACCUGGCAGACAUCGAGCUUUGCAAUAUGAGUUUCAGUUCUUAAGGGUGGCAGUUUUCUGGUGGUCCGUGAUCUAGGAAACAGGGAUGACAGUUGAGCCCUUAUCUUUUGAGUGUGGUCGUCUUAUGAUAUCAUCGCUAAAUAUAUCUGGGUAAUAGGCUACAACAUGGAGAACGGGAAUUGACAAAAGAUCCUGUCAUCGUGCAUUUUAAACAUAGGCUACUGAAGUUGUAAACUCCUUCAGAUGUAAGGACUGGACAUCACUAAAACAUACGUAUUAUAAUGUAUAGCGUCUAUCAUAUGUAAAAUAUGCUAUUGUGUUAUAAUUUUAAAGAUUUAACAAGAUUGUAAGACAAGUAUUAGUUUGUCUUUGUAGGAUAAUAUUUUUGCAAUUAAAGUAUCAUCUCAGUUUGCAUGAAACACCUGCUUCCCUCCAGAUUUAAGUAACCAAAAUUCAAACGGAUGAGGCCAAUCCCGAAGAUGGUUGCACUUUGGUUGCGUUUAAAGAUAGGCUAUCCGGGGACUCCGAAGUCAAAUAGGAUAAUAGUCUUGUAAUUUCCACUGUCUGAGUUCUGACAACACCUUUGUGCUCAAGAGGCAAGUUUUCAUAACCGAAAGAACGGGCGGAAGAAAAGUUUGACACCUUGACGAGCACAUCAAGCGCUAAUGCCAGUGGAUGAUCAACCUAGUGGUCGUUUAAUGAGCAUCGCUACGGUGUCACCACCAGAACGGAUUUGCCAAGAUUAUCCGGACUGCUAUUUCACUAGUACAACUGCCAUACAGUUUUCUGGACCGCGAUAUUCUCUGCUGAUUCCAACAUCGAACUGUGACGGACACGUGAGGAAACACUCAGAGGCAUAAUAUGACUGCAACAUUUGCAAGGGUGAAACUUACGGACACUUGGUGAAAUACGGUGUGGCUACACAUCAAGCGUCAAGUAUGGCUGAAGGGUGGAGCGAAGGACAAUUCAGAAACACUCGAGCUGCCAUAACUGUACAGCGGCCACUCUCCACUGUCUCCAGCGGCUGAGCUCGUGCUUCCGCGAGGAUGCUGCGCUUCCCAGUGAAGAAGAUUCGCAAGCAGUUCAAGCUACUGCUGUUACUAGUUCUGCUGACUUUCGCCAUCUGGUUCACGUAUCUGCACAUCAACCAAGGCAAAGCGAUCAAGCUGCACUUCAACUACGGGAAAGAUGGAGAGAAGCAGACAGAGGGGACGGAGACGAGUCGCAGGAGACAGUCCCGCUCCUCCUCCAGUCACCGUGGGAACGACGAUGUGAGUGACAGCCACGAAGACGAGCCUGCGGAGGAUGGACCGUAUGCGUGGGAGGAGGGGAGAAGGGACUUGUCAGAGAUCCGGAAGUUCCUUGGACAGAAACAGAACAAAUUGCCAUGGAAACCAGAGUACAAAGGACAGGCAAACCUCCAUGUGUUUGAAGACUGGUGCGGCUCCUCCGUAGCUCAGCUCAGAAAAAACAUUCACUUUCCCCUGUAUCCUCACAGCAGAACCACAGUGAAGAAACUGGCAGUGGCUCCAAAAUGGAAAAACUACGGCCUGAGAAUUUUUGGCUUCAUCCACCCUUACAGAGAUGGAGAUUUCCAGUUUGCUGUGGCCUCUGAUGACAACUCUGAGUUCUGGCUGAGCCCGGAUGAGAGCCCGCUCAACGCCCGGCUGCUGGUGUACGUGGGACGCCGAGGGUCGGAGUGGACGGCUCCAGGAGAGUUCAGCAAGUUCAGGUCCCAGAGCUCCAAGUCCAUCCACCUCAUAUCUUCCAGACGGUACUAUUUUGAGGUUCUGCAUAAGCAAGAUGACAAGGGCUCAGAUCAUGUGGAGGUUGGGUGGCGCCCUUUUCUGCCUGGCCUGAAGUAUGAGGUCAUCGACUCUGCGUACAUCUCCCUGUACACAGACGAGUCCAGCCUGAAGAUGAACAGCGUGGAUCACAUCCCGCAGACGCUGGCCAGCCACAGCCUCCCCCCCCGCCGGGCCCCGGGCGCCAGCCAGCACGGAGCCGACAUGCUGAAACAGGACCCCCGAGACACCUUCUACAGCCGGGCGCCGAUGAUAGACCCGUCCCACCUGGAGAGCGUGCUUCCCCCCUGCCUCUACGCGCCCACGUAUGUGGUGAAGGACUUCCCCAUCGCCCGCUACCAGGGCCUGCAGUUUGUGUACCUGUCAUUCGUCUAUCCCAAUGACUUCACCCGACUUACCCAUAUGGAGAAAGAGAACAAGUGCUUCUACAGAGAGUCACCGAUUUACCUUGAGAAGUUUGGCUUCUACAAAUACAUGAAGAUGGAUGAGGAAGAGGACGACCAGCCCAUGUUCUUCCCCAACCCAGAUGAUUUUUUGGAGGAAGAGGAAGGGGAGGACCCGGAGGACGAGGCGAUAGUGGUGGACUCUCAGCCGGCCAGGAGGAAGGCCAAUGCCAGUCAGCCCAGCCGUGCUCCGCGGCCAUCCCAGAGGCCCACGCCCCGGACCCCGGGCAACAGGGAGGGUGGGGAAGAGGGGGAGGAGGGGGAGGAGGGAGACGUGCUGGGCUUCAAGUCGAGAGAGCGGCGGGAGGGGGGGUGGCGCGAGGGGAGCACCAGGGACCCCCCGGAGCCCCGGGCCGGCGCUCUGGGCGAGCAGCGGCAGGAAGCGGAGACGCUGGGGUUCCGCCGUCCCGGCACCCCUUUCACCCGCUCCCUGACCUGGGUCCGCACCGCUCCCGCGCAGCCGAGCAGGAGAGGGGCCGCGGAGACGCCCCCCAAACUCAGCAAGUCUGCCCUGCUGUUCCCCCGGAAGAGCUCGCUCUCAGCCCUCACCAGCCGGGCCAAGCAGAUCCUCAGCAACUCCGCCCACAAGGGCCAGGGCCCCGGGGCCGCCCCCGCCAAACCCCGCCCCAAUCAGGAGAAGGGGAAGGAGGAGAAUAAGGUCUACAUCACGCGGCCCCGCCUCUCCGCAGGCAGGAGGGGUACCACCCCCCGACAGCCCAGGGAGGUGUUCCCGGGGGUCUUUCUGUACCAGAACGGCAAGACCACCAAACUGGUGAACUUGGGGACCAAGAGGCGGGGGGGCAGGGGGCUGGGGGCCGCCCGGCAGCUGUGGCCCAAAUCCCCCCUCGGGUUCAGCAAGGCCUCCCACCGAGGGGCUGGGGCGGGGCUGGACGCCGAGCUGGGGCGACACCCUCACAGGAGGAGGGAGGAGCCUCAGAGGGGGAGGCGGGAGAGCCCGGGCCUCCCCAGCAGGAGGGGCGCGGUCACGUCGACGCCCAACCGCGGGGACCCCCCUCUGUCCACCCCGCCGGCUCCACCCGCCGACCCGGGGCUCACCCCACCCACGGAAACCCGGGUCACCUCCUACAUGAGGACCUCCGAGGUCACAAACUCCCUGGGGCAGGAGGAGGCGGGGCCAGAGGAGGAGGAGGGCGGGGUCUCGGACUACAGCUAUGAGGAGGCGGAGCCCCGGCCCGGGUGGGCGGAGGACGCCAUUAACUGGCAGCGCACGUUCAGCGUGAACAGCAUGGACUUCGAGCUGCUGCGCUCCGACUGGAACGACCUGCGCUGCAACGUGUCGGGGAACCUGCAGCUGGCCGAGAGCGAGGUGGUGGACCUGCUCGCCCAGUACAUGGAGAAGCUCAACGAGCGCAGCGGCGGUAUCUACACGCUGCUGCGCAUCAUUAAUGUGGAGAAGCGGAGGGACUCUGUGCGGGGGAGCCGGUACCUGGUGGAGCUGGAGCUGAUGGAGCGGGGGAAGCGGGUGGUGCACCUCUCCGAGUACGUCUACCUGCUGCUGCAGCACGGGAGGGGGGAGGACAGCCUGGAGGACGGCGCCGCGUCGGCCCCACCCUCCGCCUCCUCCUCCUCCUCCGCCGCCUCUGCCCUCCACGCCAGCCUGGGACCCCCCGCCGCCGCCGCUCCCCAUCCCACCAGCCCCGGCGCCCUGCCCCUCGCCACCGCGCCCGGGAGCACGGCCUACGUCAAGCCCCUGCUGUGCCAGCCCACCGCGCUGCGCUGGAGACGCGACGUCAUGGUGCAUUUUGUGGUGCCAGUGAAGAACCAGGCCCGGUGGGUUCAGCAGUUCAUCUCGGACAUGGAGCUCCUUCACCUCGAGACCAAGGACGAGAACUUCAGCAUCAUCAUCGUGGACUUUGAGAGUGAGGACAUGGACGUGGAGCAGGCCCUCCGGGACAGCCAGGUGCCCAGGUACGAGUACCUGAGACGUGAGGGUAAUUUUGAGCGCUCGGCCGGACUGCAGAUGGGCGUGGACACCAUCGAGGACGGCCGCAGCAUCGUGUUCCUGUGUGACCUGCACAUCCAUUUCCCCCUCAACAUCCUGGAGAGCAUCAGGAAGCACUGUGUGGAGGGCCGGCUCGCCUUCGCCCCCAUCGUCAUGAGACUGAGCUGCGGCAGCUCUCCAAAAGAGCCCGACGGGUACUGGGAGGUAAACGGAUUCGGCUUGUUUGGCAUUUACAAGUCAGAUUUCGACACGGUUGGGGGGAUGAACACAGAAGAGUUCAAAGACCGCUGGGGCGGAGAGGACUGGGAACUGCUGGACAGAGUCCUUCAGCAUGGUCUGGAGGUGGAGCGCCUCAGAUUGCGGAACUUCUUCCACUACUACCACUCCAAGCGUGGCAUGUGGAACACGGCGAUGAAAAGGAGCCCCAGGGGAUAACUCUGCCCCCUCCACACACCCCCCCUCCUGGAGGAACUCCAGCCCCGAGGCUGACUCAGUGCAGGGCAGGCAUCCUGCAAGGACAGCUCAGUCUGUUCCAAGGACCCCUUGUUGGGACACAGUGGCUUACUCUGACUGCUGAGAGUACUUUCAGCCACCGUCCUUCCCAUAAAUAACUCGGAGGAGAAACACUUCUCGUUUUAGGAGGAAGGGCAUUUACUGCUUCCCAUUCGGCUGGAAGGGAAUGUAAAGCUGGACUCACAUUCUUAAUUUCUGUUUUUCCAAAAGAGUAAUCUGUUUUCUACAAAAAAAAACUUUAAACAAAAUAAGUUAUCAAAGAGGUUCAGGCCAUGGAAAAAGUAAUUAUGCUAUUGUUUCUGAUGCUGUGUUUGGAGUGUAGAAAGCAGGGGCCUGUGUCUCUUUAUUCUAUAACCUGGGUUGGUGUUCUGGUAGACAGAACUUUAAAUAUUUUACAUCGCAUUAACCAUGAACUGCUCAGAUGUAGGUGUACAGACAGGAGUAUAGAUAAAUGGAUUUUUAUGGGUGAACACUGACUUAGUCACUGGUGCUUUGUUAUUGCAGACUGUGGAGAUUCUAGUCUGUGUUUGGGAUAUAGCAUUUAACUUACAUACCUUUGCAUCUUUCCCUCUCUCUCUCUGUUGAGGAUUUGGCGUACGUUUUCCCCAAAUACAAUACAAGCAGACUGAGAGAAUUCCCAGGCUCUUUGGCUGUCUUCUGAGAUCCAUAGCUUGCUGUGUGCCACAUUUUUUGAUUCAGCUACAAGUGAAGCUGUUUGCUCCCAGACCUCCUUCGAAAGUGCAGUGUGCCUGACUGACAGACAGGAAGUGUUGCAGUGCACCGGGUGGCCAGACAGUACAGUACGUGCUGUUGUGUCCCCAUGGCCAACAGACAAGAAGUAACGCAGAACAACUGACAAGCCGGGAGUUAGAGGAGCUUCACAAACUGUCUGACUGUUGAUUUCUGUCAGAGGAAGGUGAAGUUGUGAGGAGCAUCUCUUUAAAAAUGUAAUAAUAAUAAUAAUAAUAAUAAUAAUAAUGUUUUAUUUGUAGCUGCCUUUCCAGAGCCCAAGGUUUCUGAACAAGGUUAAAUAAAACAAGGACAGUGAUAAGGACAGUAUGUAACGAAGGCGAAACAAGAUGGAUACAUGAAUACAUGAGUACAAUAAUGAAGUCAGUAUGCACAGGAACCAAAAGCAGACUAUAUACAUGCAAACACAGACGCAGUAAUUAAUAAUUAAAUCAUUGCUAUCCUUAUUUAACAGAGGUACAGCUCCUGCGGUUUACAAAUAAGGAGUCAGGGUUUGUGUGUGGGACACCGUGGUGUUGCUGGUGGCUUCUGAAUGCCCUGUUAAUGUUGGUUGUGCCGUCAUUAGAUUUACCUGAUGAUUUGGUGUUGAAAAGUAUUGUUCAUGUUUCUCAGUGUAAUAUAGAUUGAAGCAAAUUAUUACAUUUGAGUAUAUAUAUAUAUAUGCACAAAUACAAUUUAUAUACAGUAUCUAUCAAUAUUAUUGAGUAAGAUUGAAGAUUGUCAAAACCUCAUUGCCCAGAAAGUGUACACAUUCUUUAUCUACAGCUAGGGGUUUGCCUUGUUACAAAAUGCUAAACAUGAAUAAAGACAAAAGACAGGGAACCUGUACGUUUUAAAGAUAAUUUCUGUGAAAUUGUUUUGUAGAAAGUUUAACGAAUGUAAUGUAUUUUGGUUUAUGAUUUUACUUUUCUUUUUUUAGAAAUAAAAUUUUAAGCUAAAGUCUG